AUGAAUAGUGAACUGGUGAAUAGUUUGGCAAAAAUGAUAAGUAGUCCACCACCGAUUUCCUUCCCACCUGUCUUUGGUUUUGUCACAAGGCGGUUCCUUCAUCGCAUAUCCCAAACUCAAUCACCACUUUCCCAACCCACCUCUCCUGCUACGCUAUCUGAUUCCUUUCCAGGAAACGUCAGAAUCGACUCGAUUGUUAGGAAACAAGUUUCCAGUUCCUUCAUGCCAUAUCCGCAAAUCAUCCGCCACUUUCCGUCAUCGGUGGCGGACUUAGUAGCGGCAGCAACCACAGUACACGCAGAGGUAGCAGUGUCGACAACUAAACAACACACAUCAGUGGCUAAGACGGAACCCUAUCGCUUUAUUUAUCAAUCGUUUACAAGCUUCAGAAGAACGAUAGAAACAACUCACUCGCUACCAGAUCUUUGGGAGCAUUUCUUUCUUACACAUCUUCUCCAUAUCAAAAUUUGGUACCACUUCCUUCUGUGGCUUUGCCUUCAAUCAGUUAAUUAUCUUCUUCAUCCAGUCGAAGAAGAAGGAGUUCAUCCUUUGGCAUCUAUGGAGUCUUACUUUACCAUAUUUCGAUCCCUAACCUGUAUGAUCCCCUACUGCUUCCCCAUCAGAGUCGCUGUUUUUCAACUGAUUGAGACCAGGUGUUUGAUACCUCAAAGAGAUGAACGUCUUCCAAGCACAAGAUUGAGUAAUACCAAACGAAGAAUAAAAAGGUAG